UGUUAGAACGUUUCUCUAAGCAAAGGGCCAAACAAUGAGGCAAAAUGUGGCACUAAUUGCAAUAAUUAGUAGUGAAGAAAUUUUUACCAUAAAUUAUGUGCCAAAAAGUGAAAAGAAUCAUAAUCAAACGAAAUAUUUACAUCGAAGUGCAUAAUUUCACAAUGGUUUUCGCAAGCUAAAAGAGUUCUUGAAGUGAUAAGUCUAAAUAAUAAAAAAAUAGAAAACUAAGUAAAAAAUCAAAUAGUGAUUUUUUAUUAUAAAACUUUGUGCUACGUAUAGCGAUAACUAAUUUUAUGCUCAUUAAUAAUGAUUGAAAAUAUUCAAUAGAUUUUUACUUAAAAAAUGUUCGAAUUUAAAAUCGAUUUUCAUUCGUCGUUACGUAAUCGCUGAAAAUCGUUGAAAAUCUCAUAUUUAAGUGCUUACAUUCAUAGAUGAGAUAUCCAUAUACUACUCAAAUAACACUCGCAUUGCGACAACUGCCAUAAAGCGAGAUAGCUAGUGUUCAUAUAUGUACUCGUUAAUUAAAAAUAAAUCUUUGUCGUCAAUGACGAAAUAAAAAUCUGAAUUCUUAUUGAAAAAAUGUACGAAUAUUCAUUGAAAUAAAACAUACGCAUUUAAGGUGUACACUACAAAGCGGCAGUGAAAAAAUAGUGCGAACGACAGAUAGCCGUGUAUAUAUGUAUAGAGGUACGCAUGCUGGCAUUGUACUUGACACGCAUACAAAUAAAUUCAUAAACAUACAUAAGAGUAUAUAUUAAAUAUAUAUAUAUAUAUAUAUAUAUAUAUAUAUAUAUAUGAAGUGUAAGUCAGACAAAAGAAAGCGUAAAAACGGAAGUGCAAAAAAGGGAUAUAAAAUAAAAUCACAAUAUAUAUUAAUAACAGUGUCAAAUCAUAUAAACGUUUACACAUUGUUUCUACUACCUGCUACAGUUAUAACAAUAACAAAGCGUGAAUAAAAUAAAGUAAAGUAAAGCGUAAAAAACAAUUUAACAAUUUGGUCAGACUUGUGCGGCAAGGUCCACAACGAAAAGUGUUGCACAAGAAAUAAACGGUACUGCACUCUAGCAAAUCACCGACUCUACUCUACUUUAUCGGAAGUGUAUUGCACACACCCAAACACACCUUCCUUCUUACACACACACACACACAUACGUUUUACUGCCUGCCCAAGCAGUCUGAAAGGAAAUAUGGAUCUCCAUAAUUUUAACAAUAACAUACAUAGUAACAUAACACUGCCAUCCGCAACAACAACACCAGCAACAUCAACAUACUUUACAUACAGCAUACCGGGUAUGGAUAUCACACCAGGUCCGGUCGCCUUUACCUAUGUCAGUGAAUUUUUAUCGCUUAUCACGCCAGCGGAACUGCCACUCGAUUUGGUGCGUGAGUUCUUGCAUUCAAACCUCACACUGAUCGAUUUCACAAAGGAUGCGAUCAAAAUCGAGUCCGGCUUCAUAGCCAUCAUGAGCGUCUUUGCCAUCUUGGCGCUCGUGCCGCUCAUCUCCACCUGCGCUUGGUGUUGUGGACGUCGCGUUGAUCAGGACGAAGCGGAGUUCAUACGCAGCGCACCUGUCAAUAUACAUGAUGAUUCGUUACAACAAGCGUUGAAUUGUCGAAGGAGUGCGUCUGUCGUGACACUCUGGAUAACAUUUUUGCUCUUGGCGUUGAGCGAUUUUUGCAUAUUUUAUGCCAACAGCCGUCUGGCUGCGAAUGUGGAAAUGACGCCCGAAAUGGUCAAAUCAACUGUGCACGACAUGGAGGUAUUUCUCAAAGACACACAUCUGCAAAUCAAGCACAAGUUGGAUAACGGCUUUCAUGUAGCUGUCGAAAAAGUUGUCAAGGAUUUGGAAGACGUCGAUGUUCUCCUUGGGGAGCCAAUUCAAGCGGAAAUUUCAGCACACACUGGCAUUGAGCUGGCAUAUGAUUCAUUGGCGACCAUCAGCUUGGCCAACGCCGAGUUGAUAUAUCGUGUAUUAAUGCUGCAGGAGACCGUGGGACGAGCACUGAAAAUAUCACAAGAAGCCGCCGCACGCAUGGAGGAGCUGCAAAUACAGCUGUCCGUAUUGCAACGUCAAUGCACCUAUCGUGACCGGCCGCUCUGCGACACGCUGCGGAUACGAAGUUUCGAAGAGAAUGGCAUUAUUGAUGCACUCAAGACGCUGCAAGAGGACCAGACAAUCUUUCGCAUGCGUUACUUGGGCGAAAUUGAAUUUGGCGCAACUGUCAAGAAUUUGACAUCUGAGGUUGGUGUGUCACGUUCAAUUUUCAGCAAUUUCCCACAGCAAGUAAAACACGAUACAGCUUAUGAGCGGAACUAUACCCUCGAGCAACUGGAGAGUAUACGGCAUCGCACCAAGGCCAACGCGCAAAUGCUCACAUCGACGAUUAAUGCGCUGCUCGAACGCCUACAAGGCGUUUGGCCCGCUCUCAAGCCCAGCUAUGAAGAACUGCAAAGUUGGUCCAACUCCUACUGGACAGCCGGUUGGGUAGCUGCUCUCGUCAUCGGUUGGGUGCUGCUCUUCGGUCUCAUGUCAUACUGCUGCUUUCUCUGCGAAUCGAAUGUAAAAGCUGGCGUUGUUUUGAUGAUGUCCGUACUGAUUAUCUGUUUGGGUAGUAUUUGUAUUACCUUCUACGGUGUACUAACACUGGCAAUCGGCGGAAAUACGGAAGUCUUUCUAUGUCGCUCCAUGUAUGAUGAAAUAAAUGGAAAUGGUGGCGCUGUCGGUUCGACUGGUGGUAAUUGGGGUAACAACAAUCAACUGGCAGAUGUAUCCGAUGCGUCCAGUUAUCAUUUGUUGGGUAAGUUAUUCGAUAAGCCUGGUUAUGUGUACGCAUAUGAGCCGCAGACGGGCAUCAUCGGUGAACUACUACGACCGGGAGGUGUGAAUCGCUCGAUUGUGAAUGUUAGCCUCGCAACGGCGCUCAGAGGUUGUGAACAAAACCAAGCAUCGUACAAUGUCUUCCAACUGGAUGCAUUCGUUAAUACCACACAAAUUGCCGAUUUAAAGCAAUUCCCAAAAGUGACCACUGCUAUUGAUGCAAUCACCGUAUCCGAACGUACCAUGCUCUCGCUGACGCAGACCAUACAGAAUAUACUGGAGAAUAUGUUACACACUUCAUCCUUCAAUCUAACCACAUACCGGGUUAGCAUUGGUGCACCGACGCCUGAGAAGGAUUUGGCUACGUUCAUCGAUCAAAUGCAAAGGGUAGCACUGCAGAUCCAAGACGUCGCUACUUCAUCGCGUAUGACCACGCUCGGUAGUCGCUCGAAGCGCUUGCAGGCGUCCAUUCUACAGCCGCUUGAGCAGCUGCAAAACGAAAUACUUUAUCAUCUAACGGCUUUGGAAUUACAGCGGGAUCCUUGGGCUAAGCAAGUUAAUCAGACACUUAAUCACUUACGUAAUGUGCAGGGUUAUCUAGAAAAGACAGCGGGUGAAAUUUGCCAUAAUCAAACACGCAUCUACACGGAGAGAUUAAAGGCUUACUUGACUAAUAGCAAAGCGACAAUGUCCUCGCAACUGGGUGACACCACUGCCAAGUGUCGGCCUUUCUUUGACAUCUUCGAUGCGAAUCGAAUUUUCCUCUGCCGCAAUAUCGUGGAUCAUAUCAAUGCGUUGUGGUUCUUUACUUUCACAACGCUUUUACUAUGGUCAAUCGGUACCCCUGUUGGACUUAAUCUUAUUACAAUACAGCGUCGCAUAAAUCAAUUGCAACGCGCGAAAGUACGCUCCGCUGAAAGAUCGGAUAGUCGCAGUCGGCGUAGAGAGCGUGCCGUCAGUUCCGCUACACGUGAGCCGCGCAGUGCGAGUCGACCGCCACCGCUCCGUCGCUCAGCUACCGAAGAAACACUGGACAUCGCUACGGAAGAGUCACCGCCGACGAGACGUGAGCAAAGAGAUGUUCGCAGUCGUGAUCGCGAGGCAAGUCGACCACGUGAUAGCACCGGUGCGAGCACACCAGCACGUAGUCGCACACAUCAGCGUCGUACAGGCACAGAUGCAGAGGAUAACUGGGGCUCAUCAAGCGCCAGCCGUGCCACAUCGGCAGAGCGUGAGCACAGUCAGCCAAGAAUGUAUACGAGUAGCAGUAGCGCGCAACAGCAACAGCAACAGCAACAGCGAAGAGGUCAACUUCGCAGGCAAGGUACAGAGGAAUUUAAUUUAGAAGCUGAAGAUAAUUGGCAGCCAGCGCCAACAGUCAGCAGUAUGACUGCCACAAGGUCUGAAUCACGAGCUGGCAUUAGACGCGAGCAACGGGAACAGCCGGUAUAUACCCACAGUGACGCUCGCAAUAAGCCAAAACUACGCAAGCAAGGCACAGAAGAAUUCGACUUGGAGGCUGAGGACAAUUGGCAGACAUCACAAGCAGCCGCUACACGUUCCGAGUCACGCGCUGGCGUAAGGCGUGAGCAGCGAGAGCAACCGGCGUACACACAUAGUAACGGACGAAAUAAACCAAAGAUACGUCGUACCGAACGUGAGAAAUAUGAACGCCCCUCUCGUCGCUCAAUGACGCCUGUUUUGCAACCUAGUCCCGAUGCACAGCAAGCCCAACCAAUGCCGCGUACACCAACGCGUCUGCGCCAUCGCGUGACAUUGACAACGCGCGCCGUCGCCAAUUUAAUGCGUGCCGGUAAUACGCGACAUACGAGGCUCCAACGUAGUGGUACCGAAGAUUUCGAGAUCGAAGAGAGCGAGACAUAUGGUGCGCCCGCGCAGGACUCAGCUGCUGUGGCUGCCGCACGUCGAACACCGCCACGCACGGCUCCACCACCACCACCCCCACCCGGCAUGAUGAACAGGUAUGGCAGCGUGCGCAGUGUGCGUUGGAACGCAGAAGAAGAUAUGGUAUUCGAAGAUGUCGAUUCGCCAAAUCCGAUAUACAUGAAUCAACAGCACAUGCGUUAGCAUGACGACGCAAAAAUACAAUAACACUCUAUAGAUAUAUACGAAUAAAUUUAUACACACAUAACAUACUAUAUUACAUCGGUUACAAUGCAUUUGCCACCACUGUACUUUUCAUCAACGUGUUAAUGCGUUUAUUUUUUUCUAUACAAGCAACAAAACAUUUCAUACAA